CCUCUCAAAAAAAAAGUAGAGAGAGAGAGAGAGAGAUGGUGAGGCCAGCUUCCAUUGACAAAAAUGGAAUGAGAAGUGGAGCUUGGAGUGAAGAAGAAGACAACAAAUUGAGGGCUUGUAUUAAUCAAUUCAAGAACCACAAGGUCCCCAACUGGCGGUUGCUGCCGUCGGUCGCCGGGCUGAAGAGGUGCGGGAAGAGUUGCAGGCUGCGUUGGGUGAACUAUUUGAAGCCUGGUCUCAAACGAGGCAACUUCACCAAAGAUGAAGAAAAUCUCAUCAUUCAACUACACAAUCAACUUGGAAACAAAUGGUCAGCCAUUGCUGCACACUUUCCCGGAAGAACUGACAACGAUAUCAAGAACUACUGGCACGCCCACGUGGCGAAACGGCGCAACGGCUCGAUGAAGAUUCGGAAUCUGGCUCAGGAAGAGCAAUCUUCCGACAGCAAUUCUAGUACCAUAACAACUGGUCUGAAUCAAAACACACCUGCACCUUCCAAGGUUGCCUUGUUCAGCCAAUUAGGUUUAGAAAACAUCGGUGUUUUCGAGUCGAAUGCAGACUCAGAUUUCAAUCCUGCUGCUGCUGCUGAUGAUGAUGAUGAUGAUCUAUAUCAACACAAGUUUUUUGAUGAGCAAGAAUUUGAUCAUGAGCAAGUUUGUUCCCUACUUGAUUGGGGGGAUUUGAGUGCUGCAAAAUCCCAGCUAGAUUUCAUGAGUGAGCCAGUUGAUAAAGACGACUUCUUCAACAUAAAUUUUGGUGAUGUAUUGUGGGGAAUAUAGGAGUAUAGUUGAGCUAUAUAAAUAUGAGCAACAUGUGCUUGCUUGAUUCCUAUAUAUGAUCAUAUAUAAUACAAUUUUGUGUAGUAAUUAAUUUCUGUUUGUAGUAUAUAUCCCAUGAAUAAGUUGCUCAUAUAUGAUCAGGAUCUUGAGGGGUAUUAAUUUGUG